UCUCACUGCCGCACAUUGACCGCGCCAUGUCCUCGGUGACCAUCCCGCCCCCGGCGUGCAUGCUCCGGCCGCUCGAGGUUCCUUUCCGCUACCUGUUUGGACCAGGACCGUCCAACCUGCCGCCCCGCGUUUAAGCCGCGGGGGGCAGGCCAAUUAUCGGCCAUUUGCACCCAGAAAUGUAUGAGGUAAAUGUGUAGCCCCUUUUGCUGAUGAAUUCAUUGUUUGAUAACUAUUUUUGACUUCUUAGCACCGCCAGAGAGAGGGAUAUUAUUAGCCAGCAGUUAAGUCAUUUCUAGACUAUCAGUGCGCUUAUGAAUUCAUAGUCAAUAAUUAGGAACACAUUUAGGAUAUUAUUUAUUUUUAAAUUGAGAUGUGUUUUAAAGUAGUUAACAUUUGUACCAUUUAUUUAAUUAUCAAAGCAAGUCUGAUGCGUAAUUGCGAAUGCGUCAAAUAAGCAUUUUUACCCUUCUUACCCUUCACAACGGAUCUAUCAACAUUUGACAAAGGAUUUGAUGAACCACUCAUAAUUAAUCUAUGUAGGCCUAGAACUACAACUAUUUAACAAUUUGAUGCGCUGCUUGUAGAUCAUGAACGACAUCAAGAAGGGGAUCCAGUACGCUUUCCAGACACAGAACAACAUGACAAUAGCUAUGAGCGGCUCUGGACACGCAGCCAUGGAGUGCGCAGUCUUCAACGCCAUAGAACCCGGGGAGAGCGUGCUCGUGGCGGUCAACGGGAUCUGGGGAGAGCGCGUGGCUGAUAUCGCUGAGAGAAUGGGUAUGUUUUACGCACGGUUUUACGCACGAGUUUUCCCGUCAUAAAAUAAGACCAACAGUUGUGGUUUGAUGUAAUUUGAUCAAAUAUUGUUGAGAACAUUGUUUAUAGUCUUGUAGACAUCGGUUUUGUUUUCCUUCAGAUAUUAGACUUACAUUUGGCUUUAUUCCAGGUGCCAAUGUUCACAGGAUGGUGAAAGCCCCGGGUGGAAUUUUCACCAUUGAAGAAAUUAAGAAGGUAAUUGUUUGGUAAUGCAUUAGGCUCACCAAAGUAGCAUUCACACAGAGAUUGUUCAAUACAGGCUCCUCAGCAACUUCAGCGUUACCAACCCUCCCCUGUAUCCAAUUCCAUGUAUACAUAAAAUAUACUGAACGAAAAUAUAAACGCAACAUGUAAAGUGUUGGUCCCAUGUUUCAUGAGGUGAAAUAAAAUAUCGCAGAAAUGUUCCAUAUGCACAAAAAGCUUAUUUCUCUCAAAUUGUGUGCACAAAUGUCUUUACAUCCCUGUUAGUGAGCAUUUCUCCUUUGCCAAAAUAAUUCAUCCACCUGACAGGUGUGGCAUAUCAAGAAGCUGAUUAAACAGCAUGAUCACUCUAAAAUGUGCAGUUUUGUCACACAACACAAUGCCACAGAUGCCUCAAGUUUUUAGGGAGUGUGCAAUUGGCAUGCUGACUGCAGGAAUGUCCACCAGAGCUGUUACCAGAGAAUGUAAUGUUAAUUUCUCUACCAUAAGCCACAAUCGCAGACCACCAUGUAACCAUGCCAGCCCAGGACCUCCACAUCCGGCUUCUUCACCUGUGGGAUUGUCUGAGACCAGCCACCCGGACAGCUGAUGAAACGGAGGAGUAUUUCUGUCUGUAAUAAAGCCAUUUUGUGGGGAAAAUCUCAUUCGGAUUGGCUGGGCCUGGCUCCCCAGUGGGUGGGCCUUGCUCCCAAGUGGGAGGCCUAUGCCCUCCCAGGCCCACCCAUGGCUGCGCCCCUGCCCAGUCAUGUGAAAUCCAUAGAUUAGGGACAAAUUUAUUUAUUUCAAUUGACUGAUUUCCUUCUAUGAACUGUAACUCAGCAAAAUCUUUGAAAUUGUUGCAUUUUGCGUUUAUAUUUUUGUUCAGUAUAAAUAUAUAUGAAUGUAUUGUAAGUUCAUAUAGUCAACAUUGCGAGGAAUCUAACUAUGGCAUUUUGUGCAAAAAAAUUUUGUUUAUUAUCUGACUGCUUAUCCAUCUAUAGGCCCUGGCCAAACACAAGCCUGUUCUGUUCUUCCUCACACAUGGAGAGUCCUCUGCCGGGCUCGCCCACCCCGUCGACGGCAUUGGAGACCUCUGCCGCAAGUGAGACACAGCUCCAUCUCAAACCUAUACAAAGAUAUAUAUAUAUAUAUAUAUAUAUAUAUACACUACAGUAUAUCUCCGCUGUAUUUAUCUCAAUUCACACUUCUGAUGAUACAUUGACGGCCACAACUCCAAAUUCAAGCCCUAAAUUCCUCUCUCCUCAGACACAAUACCCUGUUUCUUGUAGAUACAGUUGCAUCUCUUGGGGCAACGCCUAUUUUCAUGGACCAGCAGAGUAAGAAAACGUCUAAUCUUGGUUAACCCAGAACUAAAAUCUGGCGUAAUUUGGUCAGAUGCUUGGUACCAUUUAUGUUUACAUAGUCUGUCCAUGAGUAUUUAGAAAACGUCAGACUCCUAUUUCAUUGUCAGUCUGUCUGUAUUAGUGUAAUAUGUUAUCAUCAUUUUCUUGUCUUUGUAGAUAUUGACAUCCUGUACACUGGCUCUCAAAAGGCCUUGAAUGCACCCCCUGGCACAGCACCCAUCUCCUUCAAUGAAAGAGCAUGGUAAGGACUCUGUGUGUAUUUGUGUGCAUGCGUGUGUGUUGUAUGAGUUAGGAAAGAAAGAGAGGGAUAAUGAUUGAAUUGAGACAAAGUAAAUGUUUGAAUUUUGAGAAAUGUGGACUAAUACACUCCCUCUUGAUACCCUAUACAGCCAAAAGAUGUUCAACAGGAAAACUAAACCAGUGUCCUACCUCUUUGACAUGACCCACUUGUCUAACUACUGGGGAAACGAUGGUCAACAAGCCAGACUGUAAGUCUACAGUAUCCUCAUGAACACUACUUUAUGUGAAAACCGCCCAUCCUAACAGGUUGAAAUAUGUUUCAGAUACCACCACACAGGACCAGUGUCUGGGUUAUUUGCCCUGAGGGAAAGUCUUGCUAUUCUUGCUGAGAAGGUAAGGAAGAAGGACCUAAAUGAAUUAACCAUGUUUGUGUCUAUUAGCUGAUUACUUUGAGGAUUGCUUCUAAUUCUCUAAAUAAAUCAGCUAAAUUUACAAUCAGUUUUGGACCAGUUUCAGGCUUUCAGACUCACUGUUCCUGUCCCAUCAGUAGCCAGUCUUUGUCUCCCUCUAGGGGCUGGAGGAGUCCUGGAGGCACCACAAGGAGGUGUCAGGGUACCUCUGGAAGGGCCUGGAAGACAUGGGGCUCAAGCUGUUCAUCAAGGACAAGGUAAAAGACUUGGCGUGCAUCUGAAAUCGCACCCUAUUCCCUAAUAGUGCACUUAUUUUAACCAGAUGCUGUUUGGGUACUGCAGUAUGGAUUAGAGUGCCAUUUCAGACAGCUCUGAUUGUCAACAAACCGAUCACAUUCUACAAUAAUAGUGUCCAUUUUUGUUAACACAUCCUCCAGUUUCAUGGCUGGUGCAAUUAUUUGGUCUUGAAUUUCACAGAGGUGUGUCCAAAUGUGUGACUGUGAUAUUUUGUCCAUGCAGAACCUUAGGUUGCCCUCCGUCACCACCAUUGCCAUUCCUGAGGGCUACAACUGGAGAGAGAUGCUGCUGUACAUCAUGAAGCACCACAAAAUGGAGAUGACUGGGGGUCUGGGGCCCUCCAUUGGCAUGGUGAGUGUGAGAGGAAUGUUAAAGUUCCAGCUAAUUGCCCAUACGUAAUUACUAACUAUCUGUUUAUUGACCAUUGCAUUUGAUAUGGGAGCUGAAACCCUGUAUGUAGAUACAAUUGGAUGGUUAGACUACCUAUUUAGAGAUGAAAGUGCCUUGUUGUUGUCAUGGCAGUGUCUUGAUGGUCGAGUCUUUUGUGCAACUAUUUGAUGGUCGAGUCUCAUGUGAGCUCUCUGUGACGUAUCCACCAUUUUGUUAUUCCUCAGGUGAUGCGUGUGGGUCUGAUGGGAUACAACUGCCAGAAGACCAAUGCCGACAUGGCACUAGCUGCCCUGGCUGACGCUCUGAAGAACUGCAAAAAGAGCAAAGCAUAAAGAUGGUUUAUUAUGCCUUUUCUACGCUAAAGAUGAACAAACAUGCAGUCGGCUAUGCUGGAGGACACCUGGAACAAAUGGACAAAAGCGUCAAACUGUGAAAGUAGUAUCACAGGUGUUUGUGAGCACAGAUUUUAAGCACAAAUGUAAAAAGCCAGAUUAGGACAUACAUUCACUUACAACUGCUUUCCCAAUAGAGUUUGUAAUUAUUGUAGAUGGUGAAUGCACUCCUGGGAAAUAAUAUAAAAUAUGUUUGAAAGAGUCAACAAAAUAUGUACAAUUGUUUCAAAUUUGGCCAUUUUACCUUGGAUAUUAAUGAAAAAUUGCCUUCAAAAGACAAAGAUGUUAGUGUACAUACAGUACCUUCACCCCACAGGAGGUUGGUGGCACCUUA